AUGUCAAAGGUCCUGUCUGCAUUGGGCGGUGCCCUCCCCGAUGAGAGACCUUUACUCUCCCUUCAAAUUGUCGAAAGUGUUGCUAAGUGUCCAACAGGGUACUGGCCAGUGAGCCGGACGUAUGAUGAGGAUGCCGACGCUGGCCUUCUGCGUCAGACAGGCUUAUUUGGAAAGAAGCCGAGUCAUUAUAUAUGCUUAUCAAAAUCAGAAGGUGUACCUGGCUACGUAAUGGAUGGGGUGGUAAUAGUCGGUGAGAGAGAAGCGACUCCAGCAGGGUACAGUGUAGCAGGGCGCGCUGGGAAGCGGCGGCUAUGCACCCGAGUGUCAAGAGUGGUCUCUGCGCCGCAUCCAGCUCCCACUGUGACUGAUGUAAUUGUUUGUUCGAGGAUGCGGUCGGCACCACAGGGGUUUUUACUCGCCGGCGAAAUAAAUGGCAAAGUAGUGUGCUAUAAGGUUAGCGGAGGGAGCGGCGAGACGUCACCCACGCAUCAUGCGGAGUAUGAAAAUGUCAUUUCUAAUAACACGCCCGAAGCUAAUAGGAGGUUACGACAAGUCCCUGAACGCCCACCAAAGCUAUCACCGCUCGUAUCAGACCUCAACAAUUUGAAUAUGAAAUCUCCUACAACGUACCCAAAAAUCGAGGAAUUCACAAGCGAUCACGAUUAUGAAGCCCUAAGUCCGUCAUAUAACAUCAAACCAGUGAGACCAGCGCCUCGGCCUCCGAAUAAGUCUCCGAUCCCCCACGGGAGCCCUGGGCCUUUGUCCCCGGGGCCUCAUGGGAGGAAAAAGGGUCCAGCGCCUUUGCCAAAAGCCUCGAACUACCAAACCCUCGGUGGUUAUAAUGGAUUAGAGGGAGUUCCGUUUGUACUGAAUUCAAAGCUACGUGGUUUGCCGAGUGAUACUUUGAACCAGUUCCCAGUGAUAAAGAAACGAAGUCGUUUUGACUUGGACCGUGAUUAUUCCUAUGCAUUCGCCGUGGAGCGACAAACGUGA